AUGAUGUCGUAUCUGAAGCAACCACCUUACACAGUCAAUGGACUGAGCUUAACGACCUCUGGAAUGGACCUUCUGCAUCCAUCCGUAGGCUAUCCAGGUGGGUUUCAGCACUUUUUACGCUUAUGCAUCUGUUUAUUUUCAACAGCGACACCCCGCAAGCAGAGACGAGAAAGGACGACUUUCACACGCGCCCAACUUGACAUUUUGGAGGCGCUGUUCGGCAAAACUCGCUAUCCUGAUAUAUUCAUGCGCGAGGAAGUAGCACUAAAAAUCAACCUACCAGAGUCUCGUGUACAGGUUUGGUUUAAGAACCGAAGGGCAAAGUGUCGCCAGCAGCAACAGCAGCAGCAGAACGGGGGCCAGAACAAGGUGCGACCAGCCAAAAAGAAGAGUUCUCCAGCCAGGGAAGCGAGCUCUGAGAGCGGGGCGAGUGGCCAGUUCACACCGCCCUCAAGUACUUCAGUCCCGACCAUCUCAACCAGUACCGCGCCGGUAUCUAUCUGGAGUCCAGCCUCUAUCUCUCCGAUGGCUGACCCUCUCUCUACCUCCUCUUCCUGCAUGCAAAGAUCAUACCCAAUGACCUACACACAGGCCUCGGGAUACAGCCAAGGCUAUGGCGGAUCAACGUCAUAUUUCGGCGGAAUGGACUGUGGUUCUUACCUUACUCCCAUGCAUCACCAGCUGUCUGGCCCCGGGACGACACUCAGUCCUAUGAGCACCAACGCUGUCACAAGCCAUCUGAGCCAGUCCCCUGCGUCCCUCUCCACUCAGAGCUACGGAGCCUCGGGGCUAGGCUUCAACUCCACGGCGGACUGCUUGGAUUAUAAGGACCAAGCGGCAUCCUGGAAACUGAACUUCAAUGCAGAUUGCUUGGAUUAUAAAGAUCAGACUUCAUCUUGGAAAUUCCAAGUCCUGUGA